CUCGCACGAUGAACAAUUUUACCGGUUUUACAGAUUUGUGUAUUCCUGAAGCUAAUCCAACCGAGCUAGAAGCAAUCAUACGUGAAGCGAUUGAGUUAGGAUACCACAAUGUUGCCAUCGAACAGGUGCUCGACGUAACGAAAGGUGAAGGUGCUUCAAACAAAAACGACGUGGUUCCGAAACCUUACAGUUUGUCAGAUUUAAAGGCUACCUUCGGGGGACAAAUCCAGCUUCUCAACCGGUUAACCAUUAUCUUCUCGGAAACGUCCGUAUCGUUGGCGUUAAAUCGAUCGAAUAAUAUACGAAGCUACAACCUAAUAGCGGCUCUACCAACCACCGAAAACAGCUUCCAGUACGCUUGCCAAACGAUGGCUUGUGAUAUUGUAACUUACAACAGCAACACCAUUCGUUUGCGGACAGUUCGCAAAUUUUACUACCUUGCGGUAGAUCGUAACAUUGCGUUCGAGCUUAAAUACGCUCCGGCAAUUGUCAGCUCAAACGAUCGGAAAGGAACGAUUAGCCGUGCACAUCGCUAUCAUUCGUAUGGAAAGUCGAAAAAUGUGAUCAUCUCCAGCGGUGCAAGAAGCCCGUUCCAGCUCAGGAGUCCUUACGAUAUAGCAAACCUCGGUCUUAUCUUUGGACUAAGUGAAGAACAGUCGAAAGAAUCGAUCCGGGGUGUCCCAAAUCGGAUACUGCUAUCCGCCGAAGGUCGACGAUACGGCAAGGCUGGUGUUGUGAUCGCUCGUCGCCCCAAAACAACGGAGGACAGUGACGAUUAUUCCGAUACAGAGCUGGAAGAGGAUAUCAGUGACGAUGAAAAUGAAGAAGACGAGUCGGACAUGGAGGAAGGCAAUGACACGGCAGAAGAGGAAGAAGAGGAAGAUAUGGAGAAAGUACAACCCCCGAAAAAAAUGGUCAAACUGGAAAAAUAA